AUUCAUCUCUCCAUAAAACCUGUUGCCACUGAUUUUCAGUCCAGUUCUUGUGUAACUGGGCCUAUUCCCCCUUUCCCCUUUCUUAAGAAUGCCUUCUUGGAAGCAAAAACCUUCCACUGACACUAUUUCUGGUGAGGUUUCACUGAACACUAGAUGGAUCAACUGAAGUGUGUCAGGUUGGAUUUUUUUUUCCUGUUUCUUAAGGAUAUGACUUUCCAACAUUGUUUAUUUCCUGUAGUCGCUCAAGCCUGUCACUCUUUCCUUUGUUCUUCACCAGUCCAGUUUCUGCAAAUUUCCCGCCAAGCCAAAAUGUGUCUAGUUUUUGGCUAAUAGCUCUUUGGGAAUCACCUUGUUGGUAAAAUUAUUAUUUUAUGCCUUGAUAACUGUGUAACAUUGGCAAACUAUUGAAAUGGGUACACAGUCUGCGUUUUUGUGAAGGGCUGCUAGUAACAAAGAGCUAAAGAUACAAUUUAAAAUAGAUUCCCUGCUAAGCUGUCUGUUAUGAGUAGACACAACACUGAUUCAUCCCUUGGGUUAGAUGUCUUUUUAUGCUUGAAUGGUUCAUAGGUCAAACAUUUCUUUGAAAAUGGUCAGGUACAGGGGCUAGAGUGAAAAUAAGUGACUUUGUGUAUGCGUAUUAUAGUUCAGAGAAGUUGUAGCGUGUGUGUUUACAGAUGUGUGUUGUAUGUGUGUGCGUGUGUUGUGUUUGUGUUAUAAUUCACAGUAGUGGUUCUUCCCAAGUGUACUAAGAGUACGGCUACAGCAUGAUGUGACAACACCCGCCUGCACAUAUGUGAGCAUCUGCUGGCCAUAGCUUGAGGACGGUUGCUUAGGACUUGCAUGCAUGCUGAGGAUGGUUUGGAGUGAAGCACAACUGGGUUCUGCCACCGCCUGGGAAAGACAACGCGGGAAGGAAAGGGGAGGAGAGGAGAGAGAGAGAGACAGCGGCGACAGUCUACUCCCCAGCAAGGACCAAACUUCUGGCAAGGGAUUCGGUGAGACGGGAGACUAAAAGAUAAAAUUUAAUGGGGAGAAGCGAGAGACGAGCGCUGCCCAGAAUAAAGCGAAUGGAGUAGAGCGGCGGAGAGGUGUGAACUUAAAGUGGACGUCGAAGGGGGGAAAUAAAAGAGCCCUGAACUGAUUGCAGAAGCGAAUGUGUUUCAAAGGGCCCUCUCCAUGGAUAUAGACACAGACUAUGAGCGGCCCAAUGUGGAAACCAUUAAAUGUGUGGUGGUAGGGGAUAAUGCAGUAGGCAAGACCAGGCUAAUCUGUGCCCGGGCCUGCAAUGCCACCCUCACACAGUAUCAGCUGCUUGCCACCCACGUGCCAACCGUCUGGGCCAUCGACCAGUACCGUGUAUGCCAGGAGGUGUUAGAGAGAUCUCGUGAUGUAGUGGAUGAAGUCAGUGUGUCCCUGAGGUUAUGGGACACAUUCGGGGAUCAUCACAAAGACAGACGUUUUGCCUAUGGCAGGUCUGAUGUAGUGGUGCUUUGCUUCUCUCUGGCUAAUCCCAAUUCCCUGCGCCACGUCCGCACCAUGUGGUUCCCGGAGAUCAAGCACUUCUGUCCCCGGACGCCCAUCAUCCUGGUUGGUUGCCAGCUGGAUCUGCGCUACGCCGACCUGGAUGCUGUUAACCGUGCGCGCCGACCGCUAGCCAAACCCAUCAAACCUACAGAUAUCCUUCCUCCAGAGAGAGGCCACGAGGUGGCAAAAGAACUUGGUAUUCCCUACUAUGAGACCAGCAUCGUUGCCCAGUUCGGUGUCAAAGAUGUUUUUGACAAUGCAAUCCGUGCUGCCCUUAUCUCCCGUCGACAUCUGCAGUUCUGGAAGUCGCACCUGAAGAAGGUCCAGAGGCCCCUCCUCCAGGCGCCAUUCCUGCCUCCUCGGCCACCACGCCCCAUAGUGGGCAUCCCAGACCCGCCUCUAACAGACGGCGAGGGCCCCGACUCCCUUUUCUGUCAGCCACUGUGUGCGGAUGUUCUUUUCCUUCUGCAAGGUGGCACUACUCGAGUUUUUGCACACAAAGUCUAUCUGGCUACAUCCUGCUCCAAGUUCUAUGACCUUUUCACCCUUGAUCUCGGUGGAUCGUGUACCGGGCCAUGGGGGGAGGAACAGGAGAGCAAGGAAAAAUCGGAGAGCGGGGAGGAAGACGAGCAGAGCCGGAGAGGAGCCAAGGAGCAAGCUGGACGUACUAAGAGCCUAGAUAUUGAUAAAGAUGGGGUUGACGGAGGAGUGAGAGGCCUGAAUCAACCCCAGCUGCGCCAGCAGGGCUCUUUGAGGACUUCCCAGAGUGAUAAUGCACUUCCUUCUCGAGCCCAGUACUCCCUGGGAGCACUAGGGACCGGGCGAGCACUUUCAGGAUGGGGAAGGGGGUUCUUGAGUGUUUGUUUGGAGCACGUAGAUGAUCCCGUGACUGGACACCCACGACUCAUGACUGUGGUAGCCAUGGAUGCACUUAUACAGGAGGAGCCAUUCAAGGCCGUGCUUCAGUACCUAUACACCGGCAGUUUGGAUGAGGGUCGAGGAGAUCUGAUGCAGGUCGCCACCAUCGCGGAGCUACUUGAGGUGUUUGACCUGCGAAUGAUGGUGGCCAAUGUUUUGAACAGAGAAAGCUUCAUGAACCAGGAGAUCACCAAGGCCUUCCACGUCCGCAGAGCCAACCGCAUCAAGGAGUGUCUCAAUAAGGGGACAUUUGCUGAUGUGGUGUUCCGACUGGAUGAUGGUUGUCUCCCAGGCCACAAGCCCCUGCUUAUCUCCAGCUGCGACUGGAUGGCGGCCAUGUUCCGUGGCUCUUUCAUGGAAAGUUACAUUGAGGAGGUCUCCAUCCCUAACACCAGUACAGCCUGUAUGCGAGGGGUGCUGGAGUUCCUGUACUGUGGCCUCCUGACACCUUGUCCUGGUCUGGAGCCCAUGGAACUAAUCGUUCUGGCCAACCGUCUCUGUUUGCCACGUCUCGUCGCCCUCACCGAGCAGCACGCUGUGGAUGAGCUUCUCCAACUGGCAGUGAAAGGAAUUGACAUCGAUGGGCAGGUGUUGGCUUACCUUGAACUUGCACAGUUCCACAAUGCAAAGCAGCUAUCAGCUUGGUGUCUCCAUCACAUCUGUACUAAUUAUAACAGCAUCUGCCGCAAGUUUCCCAAAGAUAUGAAGGCCAUGUCUCCAGAAAACCAGAGGCACUUUGAGAAGCAGCGCUGGCCACCCGUGUGGUUCCUGAAGGAAGAGGAUCGCUACCUGCGCUCCCAGAAGGAACGUGAACGUGAAGAAGAGAUCUUGCGCAAGCAGCACACCAAAAGGGGCUGGUGUUUCUGGAGGCAUCCAUCCUCCUCUCCGCAUGUCUCUUAAAGUGCCCCAACCUGGAAAGUUGCACCUCCCCAUCCACCUCCACACAUAUAGAGGAGAAUUACCCCGAACCCCUCUAUUAGUGGAUAAAUGACCCUCAGAGCUAAUAUGCCUGGAUGUCAGCAUGUUUGGGGGAAUGUAUGUGCCUCUUUAUAAGUGUGGGUGACCACACAAAUGCAUUUUGCUAUCCUGUGUGACACGUGUGGAUUCAACUCAUGGGUAUGUGCAUGGGGGUGUGACUGUAUGUGUGCGGUAUAUUGUGAUACUUCCAAGUUGAGUGCUUCCCAAACGCCCUGUUUGAUAAUGGCCUGAGGUUGCAGUGCAGCCCCUUUUGUCCCUCCAGAAGAGCUCGGUCCCUCCACCAGCACUCACAGUGUCUAAGCCGCGUGAGUGAUUGGACUGGGAGCAAGGGCUCUCUAUUUCUCUCAGUCUCCAUCCUUCACAUUGACCUUAAUGACUAUUACACAUUGACCACUGCGGCUUCUCUUGGGGGAGCUUACCUCUGCCUUCACUUCUAUACAGACUGUUAGCGCGCACACACAGACCUAUGCCCAUUUUCCACCCCCUUAAAAUAACCAGCACUGCAUUCCUAGGAAUUGACACUGACAAUGUAAUUAUUAUUCCAACAUUUUUUUUUUGUUAAAUGUUUGGCGCCUUCUAGGAAACUUUUAUCAGGUGAAAUGGCGCAUACUACUUCCAGGAAGCUGAUGAUUGCCGUCACAACCACACGAGAUGUGAUUGUAAAUCUAGAGCCGAGGUUUGCUGGCAAGGGGGAACUCUAAAACAAUUAGUACGUUAAAAUGCUCCUGUCAAGAGGAUUGAUCAUAGCCUUCGGUGAUCCCGAAGUGGUGGUUCUUGCUGUUUAUCGCCCACCCGUGCACUUCCUUUGCUGCGCACACCGAGCCACAAAAAAACAACAAAAACGAAACAAAAAGCUCGAAACCCUCAAAUGACCACAGCAAUGAUAGGGGCAAAGAGGGCCAGCCUUACUUGAUACCUCCGCCAUGGAGGAAUGAUGGAUUCAGUAUUAAACAACUGCGCUUGUAACGUCCACGACCACUAUGUUACACUGAAGCACCUCAGCCAGCCUGCCUUUAUACCCCUACACCACUAGGGGCAGCACUGCUCAGGGCCCUGACACUAUCUUUCACACUAAUGGAUUUUAGGCCUGUGUCUUCUGCACUAUACUUUCAUUUGAUAAGAUUGCCAGUGUAACUUCAAUCCUUGCAGUGUUAAAAAAAAACUUCAGCACCUGCAGUGUUAUUAGUGCAUUUAUAACAAAACACUAUAUAUCACCUGAUUUAUUAAUACCAAAGCUGCGAUUCUUCUUCUUCAAUUUAUUUCUGCCUCCUUCCUGCCUUUCUUUCUUUUUUAUUUUUAUUUUUUCAGGAAGAAGGGAUGUAAGAGAGAAGUGAAAGUGAUUGUAGGAGAAGAAGAAGGCAGAAAAAUAUUUGAAUCCUUUGGAUGGGUGGUGUUUCUAAUCUGUGGUGUCAGGAGAAAAACCGUCACUUCUGAACAUUGCCUUCCGUUUCUGUUGCUCAAUUUGAAAAUGGUGCUGAAGACACAGUAAGACAGUGUUCGGAAGAACACACUCAAGAAUCUGUGUAUUUUUUUGUGUUUACCUGCAAAGAGAAUGGAGAAAUUUAAGGAGGGGUUUUAAAUUUUGACAUAGGAGCAUUUUAACCCUUAUUGUUUCUUCUUCCUUUACUAACAGUCUGUAAGAGGUCAUAAUAGGUCAUUGAUAUUUAGAUUGUGUGGUUUCGUCUGUCUGAUUUAGCCCACAGCAGUUACAAACCUUUUUUUUUUUUUUGCUGCUUUCUGAUUCAAAAACAACGUGAUCUACGUUGCUUCGUUAAUCAAGAUUGAAUUCGGAGGCGUGAUUGUUGUUUCAAGAAGCGUUUCAGUAUAUUGCUGCGUAUGAGAGCAAAUCUGAUUUUCCUGUUUGAGGGUGCUAAUUUUGUCAGGCUUUCAUACUGAUUGUGGAGAAAAAAAAAAGAAAAAAGAUGUGUUGAUGAAUUUCUAUUAGCACGUUGUUCUAUUUGUGGGUUUGCGCCCCUCAGCUUUACCCAGGCACUAGAUAGAUAGAUUGUGUGAGACAUCUGGUCUGUUCUACCGUGCAAAGUCAUUGUCAGCUCCUGAAGUAGAAGUUGGGUAGGGCCUCAUGAGACUCAAGUGCAAAUUGAGCUGUUUCAUCUCCAGAAUGAGUGAAAGUGGGCAUAUUUCAGUCAGGAUUACACAUAUCCUGAAUAAAUUCAUAGAUAGUUAAAAAUAUCCCAAUGCAUGGCUUUGAGAAUUUAGAAAAGAGACCUGAAGAAGAGGAAAGACUGUUUUUGAUUAACUUACAAGGUCUCUUUUAAGUUUCUCAUAGACUCUUUUUGUCUUAAUGGUGUUAAUGGUUAGUAUGUCCCCAUUAAGCCUAUCUUGGUCCAGGUGCCUUAUAGAUGGACAAAACUGGAAACUAAAGUGGGAUUUUAGCAGCUUCUUAGUUUAAAGCUGCAGACUGGUUCUGCAGUCAGCGACAUGAAGGACACUGUAGACAAUGGCCAUGAUCAUAACUGUAAAAUUUUCUGUGGUGAUCCUUCAUGCAUCUUCAGCUAUUAUUCUUAUUGAAGGAUUUUUAAGACGAUUGCUUGUGCAAAAUCCUUUGGCCUUCUGUUUACUUCAUGCAGACAAAUGGCCUUUUAAAUUUUUUAUUUAGUAUAGUAAAAUAUGCUGGCCUUAGAGUAAGGUGUUUUCUCUGAAUCAGGACUCACGUCACGGUUAAGUUUUUUUCCACUGACCAGAUGACUGAGUGGUAGCAACAACACCAAUUGCAUUAUAACUUCCAAACCACUGUUUUUGAGAAAGCAAAGCUUUUUAUUAAUUAGCGCUGGCUGGCCUGUGCGCUGGGAGGGUGCAACCACUUUUGGAGUGAAGUUAAUUUCUGGCCUACCUUUGUCAUUACAGUGACAUUUGAGUUGGAAUGCACUUUUUCGUGUGUCUAUACUAUACCUCUUUUUUCUGCACUUAGCAUGGAUUGAUCCUUGUGUAAGAUUGUUUGUAAACCUGAAGAUUGUAGCAUGACUUUUCCACUCAAGUCUUUCAAAUUCUCCACAUCUCAGUGAAGAGAUGGAUGACACAACUUCUUCAGCUUCUUUAAGGUCUUGUACGCAUUGAACUCCACAGUGGCUCUUUUCCUCGCUAUGUGGCUUUAUGCACAUGCCCUUUUGGCUAAAUUAGCUCUGCACAGCUGAAGGUAGCAUCCAGCUCUAAAUGAUACACUACACAGGCUAGCGUGAUAAAAUAAUGCAGAGGAUCUGUUCCUGUGGUGCAGUGUUACAGCUCUCCAUGUGUGCUGUUACUGUAGUUACUAAACUUAAUGAAGCUUGUUUCUGUCAUUUUUUUUCUUUAAUCUUAAAAAAAAGAAAGAGAGCAGUUGAAAUCAAGGAUUUAUAAUCCAAAGUGUAAGAAUAUGAUACUAAACGGCUGAAAGCCAAGAAUAAUGUUUGGAUUUAGUUUGCAUGUAAUGACAGAGGAAUUGUAUAAGGCAUGAUGCAUGUUUCAGCAGUUAGAUAUAUGUUACAUAUACAGCAGUUUCUUAAUUUUUGUUGUUGUCACUCUGUUUGGGGAUCACAACGCUGAAGGUUGACAGGGUUGUGGGAAAUGUAUAAAAUAGAAAUCAUAAAAAAACACUAAUAUUGAUAACAGUAAUUAUAUUUGAAAGCUAAUUUGGGGUGACAGGACAUCGAGAAAGGGAGUAUCAGGCCAGAGGCAGUUGAGAAACUCUGAUUUUCAGAGAGGGAGCGAUGGAGAGCCAAAACUCUAAGCUUUGUUCAUUUUAUUUAGCUCAACAUUUGCCCAACACUGACUCCUACAGGCAAAAGUUAUGUGUUGUCACACUGGUGGUAGAGUUCCUUUGUAUUGUCUUGAUCUAUAUAUCUAUCUUGAUCACAGUGUAUUUACUGUCACAUUUUCCUCUGUUAUUUGAGAUGGAGCAGUUCUUCCCUCCUUGCAGACCUGAUCUCCCUAUUUUAAUGUGACACCUGGUGAUGGAGAGAACACUUUUUUGGGGGGGGAUUGGGGUUUUGUUGUUGUUACUGUUGUUGUUGUUUUUGGUGUCUGGUGUCUCUCUCCUCCUGUGCCUUUAGUGAAUUUUCACUCUUUUAGCUCUGUUCAGGCUGACGGCACAGCACUUACAGCCUCCCGGGCACAAAUUAAAGUCAGUUAAGCCAAGAAGUAACACACAUGUGAACGCAGAAAUAAAUGUAGGUUGAUAUACAGCAUCUUAGAGCUUAUGUGGAGUGGCCUAUGUUUUUUUAAUGUUAUUAUUCAGGCAAAAAGUAGUUACUGUCUAUUGGAGUCAAUUCUUCCAGUGAUUACAUACAGAGCUUUUCAAGUUCUCUAUGUGACGUCAUCAAAAGCUACACAGCGGAUGACAUAAAUAAACCAAGAAACCCAGCAAACCAGCAAUUUAGAGUAACGUUUCCUUUGCAGGUGCCUGCACAUUGUAUUAUGUAGCCGAUUAUUAUGUGUCUGAUGAGUAUGCUGUCCAUAUAUAUAUAUAUGUAUAUAUAUAUAUAUAUAUACCAGUUUUUAUUGAUCCAAAUCAAAAUAUCAUUUAAUUUUCCAUUUCUCUACUUAAUUUCUUUGUCUUUAAGACAAAUUCUGUAGUGCACUCUAUUGCUUCCACUAUUUCAGUAUCCUUUUAUUUGGGGAACUGCAUCUGUGAAUGAUUGAUUGGAUUGAAGGCAGAUAUUAGCUCUAUAUUAUUCUGCAUUAUGCUUUAAUGAAGGUAGGUACUCUCCAAAGUACAAUAAAGUGUUGUAAAUUUAAUACACGUCCCAGAUGGACAUAACCUGUCAUCUUCUAACUACUCAUCACACUGUAUCUCUUCAUUAGAUUCAUGUAUAAGAAAAGAGAGGUGUUCAUAUAGAGAGACAUGGUGUGAUUAACCCCCUGGUCUAUACUGUAACUUUUUAAGUGGAUCAUAUAUACUGUAUAGUAUUGUUAUGCACUUUUGUUUCCAUCGUCUCAAACAACUUAAUAACAUGUACUGCGUACUUUAUUGUGUUUAUUACGAUAAAAGGCAAGAGAAAGAGCACACCACACUCACAAACUAUUAAGGGCUUUCAAAUUUUUUUACAACAAUCAGAAUGUUUUGCUGCUUUUGCAAAAAAUGUUUUGAAAUGAAAAUUUUGUAAUAUUUUUGAACCACUGUGAUUUGUAUAAAAAAUAAAUUCAAAAAGAAAUGUAGAGAAAAGUUUUUUUUUUCUUUUUUGCCAUUUCAGUAUUUUAAUGUUUGACAUGAAUUUUAUUAAAACUAUUAAUCUUUUGCUGUUUCCUGGAA